AUGUUUCGCCAAACGUUAAAGAGAGGGAUAAAACCAUAUCUCCAUGCUUUUUCUCCUGGAGCACGUCCUUCUGAAAAAGGUAUGUUAUACCGAAAUAAUAAUAUGAACGCACAUGCGCGUGUGGCAUCUAUUCAGCAAGCACAACGUACACAUCGCGAGGGAAAAAUAUUUCUUAUGCUGUUAGUACCGGAUCAAAUUUUCCUCUCUGUCUUUGUUGUUUGUACUUCCAUUGUUGUCAUUUUCAUGUACUUUCGUCAGCAACCCUUUAGUUUUAAUACAAAUAAACAACGUUGGAUUUUAGGUGCAUUAAAUGAGCAUGAGUUCUACCAACGUAAUAGAGAGAUGAGUUUGGUGUUUGAGGCUCAUAAGAAUGCUAUUGAGGGAACAAGAGAAGCUGUUGGUGAUCGACCAGAGGUGUUUGAUCCUCCGGUGGGAACACUCUACCAAAGCCGCUCUGGUGAAUUUGCUGUAGAGAAGUGA